UUCCCUGUGAGAUGCGGAAGUUGGCCCCCAGCAGUCAGACGGGUGGACCGGAAGAAGCUGUGAGGACCAGGGAUGUCCGGCUGGGGCAGUACAGUGCCCGGGGCCCCGGGAGUCUUGCGGAGCUGAGGACGCAGCGGAGGACAGCUUGAGAGCGUGUGUUCUCUCGCUCCAGCUAUGAAUCCAGAACAGGAUGUGGCUGUUAAAUCUGCACAAGAACGAGCUGACAUAGUUGCCAAAUAUGACAAGGGCAGAGAAGGUGCACAGAUUGAACCUUGGGAGGAUGCGGAUUACCUAGUCUACAAGGUCACCGAUAGAUUUGGCUUCCUCCAUGAGGAAGAACUACCAAUUUAUGAUGGAGCAUUAGACAGGCAAAAGUUUCUAGAAAUUGAGAGGACCUCCAAAUGGCUGAAAAUGUUGAAGAGCUGGGAUAAGUACAAAAACUCUGAAAAGCUUCACCGAAGAAUUUACAAGGGCAUUCCCCUUCAGCUACGAGGUCAAGUAUGGUCUUUAAUACUGGAUGUCCCAAAAUUAAAAGAAGACAAAAAAGACCUUUAUACGGUUCUGAAACAAAAAGCGAGAAUUCUUUCUCCUGAUAUCAGACAGAUUGAUCUGGAUGUGAACCGAACAUUUCGAGACCACAUAAUGUUCAGAGAUCGAUAUGGUGUUAAGCAACAGGCUUUAUUUCAUGUGUUGGCGGCAUAUUCACUGUAUAAUACGGAGGUUGGAUACUGUCAGGGAAUGAGCCAGAUUACUGCAUUAUUACUUAUGUACAUGAAUGAAGAAGAUGCCUUUUGGGCCCUUGUCAAACUGUUCUCUGGGUCCAAACAUACAUUGCAUGGUUUUUUUGUUCCAGGUUUUCCAAAGCUAUUACGAUUUCAGGAGCAUCAUGAUAAAAUAAUGAAGAAAUUUAUGCCUAAACUUAAGCAGCACUUUGAAACUCAGGAACUCUAUACAAGUCUUUAUACCAUGAAGUGGUUUUUCCAGUGCUUCCUAGAUCGGACUCCUUUCACGCUAAACCUGAGGAUAUGGGACAUUUACAUACUUGAUGGUGAUCGAAUUCUUACUGCAAUGUCCUACACAAUUGUGAAGCUACAUAAAAAAUACUUAAUGAAGCUGACAAUGGAAGAUCUAAUAGAGUUCCUGCAGGAGAGCCUUGCUAACAAUUUUGGUUAUGAGGAUGACUACGUGAUUGAACAGCUCCAGCUCUCAAUGACCGAGCUAAGGCGAGCAAAGCUUGAUCUCCCCCCUCCAGGCAAAGAAGAAGAACAGCCUAAAAAACCUCUUGGUCAAAUUCCUUCCGAACCUGUUCAUAUACUAACAAAUCAUGUUAUGAAUGGGCAGAAGAGUACCAGCAAGCUUCCAAAUCAAGUGAAACAUGAAAAAGUUCCCUCUCCAACUAAAACACAGCAAGCAUCACCAACUGAGAAGAGGAGAAAGAAUUCCAUUGAUAAGUCAACCUUGAAAUCCAUAAAGAGAGAAUCUGGGGAAUAUCGUGUUGAGCAGUUGAAGGCCGAUGGACAUCAAAGGAAACUUCCUCAACCUGUUACUCCUUCUCAGGACAAAGUUAAAUACUAUGACCAUGCUGCCGCUAACCAAAACACAAAUGCAACUUCGAGUUCAUCAAAGCCAAUCGCUCCUAAAUGGAAUUUGCCAUCCGAAUCAAAAAAUAAAGAGCUUCUUCUAAAGCACAUAAGUGAUGGAAGGGGCAACCCACCAGAAUAUAGAGUUUCAAGUCAGUCUGAAUCUCAGGGUUUGGCAGUGAAGCAGAAAAAUAGAGUUUUUGAUUCAGGUGGUAAGAGAGGGUCCAAUGCAUCACAGUAUGAUAAUGUUUCCGGUGGUGAAAAUGAGAUUGACAAUCAUGUUGAAGAUUUAAGGCGACAGUCAGAAUUGUCUGACAGAAAUGUGAUGUAUUUUAAUAGCACUUCAUCACGUGUUCUUUUAAAAGGAUCCAGUCCACCAGGAGCAACUGAUAGUAAUUAUCCUAUUGGCACGCAGUCACGCUCUCCAGGGCCUUUAGCACCAUUUCAGGGUACUGGUGAUGGGUACAGUCUAAAACAACCACCUCCUUCCUACAGCAGCCCACCAAUUUAUCCAGAUAAUACAAAAUACUCAAUAAGUAGAUUAAAUAAUGAGCACCAUUCACCAAAAUUGAUUGGUCCAUUAAGUCGAUCCUAUGAUCGCAGUUUUGAUUUUCCUUCAGAUAAAAUACCCGUGACCUCUACUGCUAGGCAAAAUCCAGUUACAUCACCUUCCCAUAGAAUUGAAGUUCUACCUGCAGAAGAGAAUGCUACUCUACGCUUAGGUAAUUUUAAUCAGAGGGAAAACCACAGAUAUAUUGUCCCACCGAUCGAUUACCAAGUGGACCACACAUUCCUUCCUGAAGUGUCUUUUGGGACUUUUGGACAACCAUUAAACCGAGAGGCAUCAAGAAGCUAUUUGUCUAAUCUGCAAUAUUCCCCAAGCUCACCUCAGCCCUCAAGCCCAGUGAAAAUGUUUUCUUCUGUAUCUGUUAAUAGUCCAGUGAGGCUAAGGACUUCACCACAGAGUGAACAAGUAACUCCACCACGGUAUCUGCAUUCAAAACCUGGAGUUAAUGCACCGCACUUUCGAAAUCCUCGUGAUGGACUAAUAAUGCAUGAGUCUGUGAUGCUGUGAACUGUAUAUUCCUAAUGGUGUCAUAGUGGAAUUUGGUUGCUUUGUUUUUACAAGCAACAUUUCAAGCAUGAACUUUUUGAAUCGCUUAAGGUUGUGUGGAAGGAGACAUUAUACCGUAACAUAUACAUGAAAACAUUCAAUAGAGUUGACAUAGACUUACCAACUAGGUGUUAAAUCCGGUUCUUAGAAUGUUCGAUAUGUAGCCUUUUAUGUACAUAUAUGUUCUGAGAUAUUUAUUGAUUCUUUAGCUACUUAACUUUAGUGCCUCGAUAGCAGAUUUUUUGGUUCAAGGAAUUAUUUAAAAGACUUUUGGUGAUACAAGCAAUAUUUAAAGAGGUAUUCUUAUCUUACACAUUGAUGGAAUAUCGCUAGGUUAUGUCAUCAAUGUGGGACCUGCUUCUCUCUCCAGAACAGGCCCUCCGAAGUGAAGGGAAAACAACCAAGCAUGCGUGGCCACCUCCUGUUUACUACUAUGGGAGUUCAGAAAAAUGCCAGCACUGGCUCUGCUAUUUCCAGCAGUCCCAUAGCAGUGAAUGGAGGGAUGGACAAGCAUGCACGAUGCACUCUCCUUACAUUGCUAUUGGACCUCUUAAAAUAGCAUGGCAUGCUCACUUUCACUUCUUGGGCCCUGUCCUGGAGAUAGGUGUGGGUCCCACCUCUGGCAUAUGCGACCUAACCUAUCUGACAUUGAUGCAAUAUCCUAGCAAUAUGCCAUCAAUGUCUGAGAUGGGAAUAUCCCUUAAAGGUGAACAUUAUGAAACAGUAUUCCUUUAAUCUAAGAAUACAUUUAGGGGUUCCUCCUAACAUAUUAAUGUAUUCAGAGCCUCUGGAAGUCAUUAGACUGUUACAGUACCUGCUUCAAUACAUUGGUAUACUUAUUCAGCAAAGUCAGUUCAAAGACGUGCCUAUUACUUUGUGCUAUCUUUAACUUUUUGAUAUAUUUGAGACUAAUGAAAGUUUUAAUUUAAACUCCAGGUGAGUAUCAUGACUUUUUUGGGUUCAGUAACUGGAGGUCAAAGCUUGCUGGAGUUAUUCUGUUCCUGUAGUAUGAAAGUAUUAUAAGGAUGAAUGUAUGGCUUUUGAUGAUGGUUCCGUACUUGAGAGAACCUUUUCUCAGUACUUCGGCAUUGAGCAGCAGCUGCUAUAGAUUCUGCCUAGGUUGUAUUCGGCUUAAUGGUGUGUCUUCCAACAACUCUGGCCUAUUCACACUGUAAAAUGCUUUAUUGUAUCCAUUUGACACUGUGCACUUUACCAAUAUUGAUUUUGAAAGUGCUGUACCAGCUGUGAGAUGUAGCUGCUGAGUGCAUCCCAUGCAAAACAAAAGCUAAUGCAAUAAGGUCAGAAUGUCCAAAUUUAAAGUUACAGAAAACCCAGAUUACCAAUGACUGAGUACAUUGCCCAAACUCCUUUGUAUGGUGUAGCAAGCCUUCUCUAUAGUGAAUUUAACUGAAGUUUUUAGUAUGUGCCUAUGGAGGAUGGUAGCACUUCAGUGCACAUUAUUGUAAUUGGAUUUACCAGUAGUUAUGUUGCUUUGUUUUUAAACCUUACUUUUCCUCUAGGCAACCCCUCCAAGUAUCUCUGUAAGACUAGUAGUCUAGAGAAGGUUUCUAUCACAUGCCCCUUAAUAUCUCUAUACGGUUGCUGCAGUGCUGUGUGUGGUGCCUUGACGGAUACCUCUUGUUCAUCUGUGAUGAUCCACAAUGUAUUUAUAGCGCUUGUUCCCCUUCUUAACAUCACUGUGCAUUGUCUUUCUUCCAGAUACAUAGUAUUUGUAAUGUUUACAUAAUUUGGAUCGGGUUGAACUAGAAAGUGUGUAUUUGCAGCAAUAUCUCCUACAAUUACACUCCUGUGUGUGUACUUUGUCUCCUCCAAAAACAUAAUACUUAGCAGUUGAUUGCUAAAUAGGUAGACGUUACAGUUUUUUGUCUUUUGUGCUCAUUAUUUUAUACAUGCUUUCAGCUGAAUCUAUCCCCGCCUUCGGUAAUCAUGCACUCUGCUCCUACAGCAUGUGUCUUUCACUAUGUGCCUUUGCUUUUAAUGGCUUAAUGUCUGCUGUUUUAUCAUUAUACUAUCACACCUUUUAUGAAGCAAUGCAUUGUGUGCUGAAAUGACACUAAAAGUUAAGAGAAGGCAAAUCAAUUUGAAUUUUGUUUCCAAGUGCUGGGUUGAGUGGGUUUUUACCUACUUCUGAUUGACACAUUUUUCUUUUGAUGUUUUUUUUUAUUUUUUUUAUAUGCAUUCUUUAACUGUUCCAGGAAAAGAGUAUAAUUUUAGUCAUUUCAGCUUUCGCACAGCAGCGUCACAAACCAAAGUAGUAUUGCACCAGGGCAUGUUUCUUUGCAGGGAACACACAAUACCUUAAUUACAUAGAAGAAUUAAUGUUUCUUUUUCAUAUUCCAUAAUUAUUAAAGUUGGAUCAGGAAAGUAGUAUUUUUAUGUCUUCAGGUUUUAAGGUACAGUUGUAAUGCAUUUUAUGUGUAUAUAAAAAAAAAAGAUAAAACUAGGUAGCUGUGCAGUAGUAAUAUCUGCAUGAGUGAUAUUUGUGUAUAUGGUUGAUUAGAACAAGUGUUAACAGAUAGCUGAACACUACAGUACAUUACAACAAAUGACUAAAUGCUUUUUUUUUCUGUUUUUUCUUUUUUUUUCUGUUGUCUGUGUUGCCGAUUAUUUCCAGAAAUACAGAAAUGAUUCAUAAUACAAUGUAUAUAAAUGUGACUGUAAUAAUACUCAUUUCCUAAUUGCGAGCCUGCGAUUCUUAAUCAAGCUGUACAAUAUACUGUGCUGAGCUGGUAACAACUGCUCCUAAAAAUGUAUCGAUCAUGUUAAAUAUUGUAGAUUUUAUGUAUAAAUCUAUACAUACUAUUUUCAUAUGUCAUCCUCUACAGUUUUUAAUUGUUCUUUUUAAUGUGACUGUAUUUUUAAUACGUUAAAGAUUAAUAUUAUUAAGUA